GAGGGACCUGUAUUUAAGCCAAAGAAGAAGCAGCUUGUUGUGGCUGAAGGAAAGAAAAUAAUAAACACCGUAAUUGGUUCUUAUCAAGCAUUUGAUGCCGACACUGGAAAGGUUGCAGAACAUGUUAAGUAUGCAAAAGAAUAUGAUCCCGAUAAUUGGUUUACCAUUGACCCAAUUACAGCUGAAAUCAGACUUACAAAAGUACCUGAUCGUGAGUCUGUAUAUGUAGUUAAUGGUUCCUAUGUAGCAAAAAUAUUGGCAAUAAGUGAAGAUCUCCCAGGAAAGACUGCAACCGGCACCAUCUCUAUUGAUGUGGAAGAUGCCAAUGACAAUUGUCCAGUUUUAGUAAAUGCACUGCAAACUGUUUGUGAAAACUCUCCAUUCAUCAACCUGACUGCAGUGGAUAAGGAUUCCUAUCCUAAUGGUGCUCCGCUAAAAUUUACAGUGCUAGAUGAACCUACUGGCAAUGCAAAGUACUGGUCAAUUGGAAAAACUGAUGAUAACAGUGCACAACUUAUACCAAAAAACAUUUGGAUAGGAUCACAUCAAGUUAAUAUUCUAAUAACGGAUAAUCAAGGUCUGAGCUGUCCAGAAAAGCAGGUCCUGAAAUUAGCAGUGUGUGCCUGUGAGAGUGGCAUUGCGGCCUGCUCGGAAAGACAUUCAAGCACGUCUGUAGGCCUGGGAGGAGGUGCUGUUGCACUAAUGAUUCUUGCAUGUUUGCUACUGUUAUUGGUGCCACUUUUGCUGCUUUUGUGCUACUGCGGCUCAGCGGGGAAAGGAUUUUUAACAGUUCCAGAAGAUGGUCCUGAGGGAACAAUUCUGAUACACAACAAAGAAGGACCUGUACCUGAGGACACAGCCAUCAUGCCACUUGCAAUGGGAGCCAUUGGUGCUGCUGGGGCUGGUGCUGCAGCUGGUGCUGGGAUGUUAAAAGGCAGUGCCUAUGCAAUGGAAGGUAUGGAUGGAUAUGAAUACAAUGCCAAGGGAAUGUACAGUUCCAGUAUGUAUGGAAUGGGUGGACGAUAUGAAGAACAAGGCGCUCUGAUAACUGCUGGAGAAAUGGCAGCUGGAGGUGCUGGAGCUGGGAUGAGAGCAAUUGGUGUUCUGGGCUCAGGAAGCGGAGCUGGAGCCGGAGCUCAGGUCUCCUUUGGUGCUUCAGGUGCUGGUGGGAGCCAGGCUGUUCUGAAUGAAGAAUUCAUGAGAGGCUAUUUCUAUGAUAAAGGCAUGCUGUGUGCUGAUGAAGACAUGGCCCAGGCAGCCAAAGACUGCAUCCUUAUGUAUUCACAAGAAGGAACUGAAUCCAUUGCUGGGUCUGUUGGCUGUUGUAGUUUGGUUGAAAGCGAGUUUGAAGAUGACCGUUAUCUGGAUGAUCUGGGACUGAAGUUCAAAGUCUUAGCAGAUAUUUGCCUAGGUGUAAAUGUAACCAGUGAUGCAGACAUAUCUAAGUAUACAGCCUAUGAGGAAGUUAGACAAGGUGCUGUAGUAGCAGAUAUUGAUCUAGUUCACAAGGAAGAGGAGGUAGAGCAACAUGGCUAUGAAAUGGAAGGCUCCUAUAUGUCAUCGGAAUCUCAUGUUCAGGAGGCUCAACCAACAGUGAGGGAGAAUGUGGUGACUGAAGAAUCCCUUGUUACAUCUAAAUACGUACAGGAGCCAGUCAUGCGUGGUAAUAUACUGGUCACAGAGAAAACCUACACCACUGCUCCUAGGGUUUUUCUUGAGCCAGUUCAUACUCAGAAUGUACUGGUGACAGAACGAGUAAUUCGGCCUGCCACCAGCUUGCAUAAUGUGCUGGAGGUUACUGAUGCAGAAAAUGUUAUGUUAACUGAACGAGUAAGGAAGUCUGAAAAAAAUUUGUCUACCCUGGUGGGUGUAGCGGAAGCCCCUGAGUCCCAGUAUCUGCUGGUCACAGAACGAGUUCUUGCACCCAGCCCCAAUGUCAAAGCUGCUGUUAGUAUUCCUGAUGUGUCUAUGGGGAAAAGUGUGAUCGUGACAGAGAGACAUUUUGCCCCGAUAUCUGGGAUUAAUGGCAAUGUGGUCAUUCCUGCAGAGCUGUCAGCUGGCCCUAGUGUGGUAAAAGAGAGCGUGUCUAUCUCAGAUGGUUUAAAUCAAGGACGAUCGGUGUAUACAAAAGGGGGAUUUGGGGUGGAAGAAACUCCAUCUUCAGGCAGCACUGUAGGAAAUUCAACAAGCAGAGUGACAAAAUACAGUAAGGUACAAUAUACACGUUCCUAA